AUGAGCUAUGACGAUAUUGUUGAGGCGCAAAAGAAACGUGACAUGGCGGUGGCGAAACAAGGCUCGAGCGAGAAAAAGAGGUCUAAAGCCAAGGACAAACUGCUUUCGAAACCGGAGGAAAAGCGCAAGGCCGAGCAAGAGAUUCAAGCAUGGGAUAUGAAUGACUAUUGUUCUGUCUUAGAUUUACAGACUCACUUGACAGUUUAA